AUGUGGAGCAUGCUGGUUCUGUCAAAGAUAAUGAAAAACAGCCCAGUGAAUCAGUGCCCGCGCUCGCUAUUAAAUCAGGGCGAGAGGUGGGGAGGGGGGGUCGGCGGGUGGGGUUUGUUUGCUAGGCCGAGGGCGGUUUCAGUCUGGCGCGAACGCUCGCGCGGUGUGGAUGUGCGCGCGGUGACCGCGUGUGUACGGAGUUGGCGGGAACAUUCCCGCCCACAAAACGACAAAAUAUUUUCAGACGCUAAUAAGCUGGCGAGCGGUGGUGGAGGCGGCCGAGGUCUCUUCUGCUACCACUGCCCGCCGAGCCUGCCACCGCACCAACAUAGACUGCCCGCUCUGGAGUACCCUUUCACCGCCUCACAUCCUUACACGAGUUACUCGUACCACCCGGCGAUCCACGAUGACACGUUCGUGCGGCGGAAACAACGGCGGAACAGGACCACCUUUACGCUUCAGCAGUUGGAGGAGUUGGAAACGGCGUUUGCGCAGACGCACUACCCCGACGUGUUCACGAGAGAAGACCUCGCGCUCAAGAUCAACCUCACGGAAGCCCGAGUACAGGUGUGGUUCCAAAACCGGCGGGCGAAAUGGCGGAAAGCGGAGCGAUUGAAGGAAGAGCAGCGGAAGCGGGAAGGCGUUGAAGUGCUUCCGAAGAGGGACCCUGCGGAUGAUAAGGGUUCAUCCGAAUGCAUGUCCCGCGGCUCCGCUGAAGCCUCCCCCGUGUCGGGCGUGGCGUCCCCCCGCGCCUCGCCGCCGGUGACGCCGGGCUCGCCGCGCCGCUCGCCGCACCGCUCGCCGCGGCGGUCGCCCAACAGGUCGGAGACCAGCUGUCCGUCGCCCGCGCCGUCCGUAGGCAGCGCGGGCUCCAGGGACGCCGCGCCGGAACCGCGGCCCCAGCACCAUAUUUUCUCGCCUUUCGACCAUUCAAGCGCCUACCGAGCGUCGCCUGCGGCGGCGGGAGACGCGCCCCCCGCGCCGCCGCUGUUCCUCCCCCCGCACCUCAGCCACCUCUCGCAGCAUCUCAACCAUCUGUCGCAACCCUUCUUCCCCAGUUUGAAAGGUUGGGGCGCCCCCUGCCCCUGCUGUCCCAAAGAGGAAGCCCGUUCCACCAGCGUGGCCGAGCUCCGGCGUAAGGCCCACGAGCACUCGGCGGCGUUACUGCACUCCCUGGCCAGCUUCCAGUCGCGGGCGCUGCUGCCGCUACCGCUGCACCUGCCGCCGCUGCCCAUGUCCCUGCUGCCGCACGAGCCGCCGCCGAAUCAGCCGGACACACAGAAAAAUAUAGACUAAACCCGUAACACUCGGACAGACGCUUUUUAACCUUUUGACAACCACAGACCGCUAUGGACGUCAUCGGAAAGUCUUGCCACUGACGCCAACGACGGCUACAGAUGUCAGCUUCGCCAAUGCAAUUGGGACUUACGCAGGACUCCGUAAAGAUUAAUUUCACUUAAAUAAUGGCGAUCGCCUGGCAUCCUGGGCACGGCAUAUUCCUUCGCCGUCUGGCGUUCAAAAAGGUAAAGGAGCGUAGGAAGAUAUUAACUAAUUUAGUGUUAAAUUUACCACGCGAAAUGGAUCGUCGUCAUCGAAUAACAACAUGAAAUACAGAGAUUUAAUUAAUACCAGUUGGGCUUCUUAAAACCAAAAUCUCACAAAUGAAGAUUCUAAAAUGAUUAUUCGUAAUCAACCUUGCUGUAGGCCGAUUACUUAGCUCGUGAUGCAGGUUCACUAUGGGAUUUAGGAAAUAUUCUAAAAUAAUUACUCUCGUAAUGACACACCAACAACCUGUAUUUUACCUGUGGUGUGGAUUUUAAUAAAUGUUAUAACCUCGAGCAUCCCACGGUCCUCUUACUAGUACAAAUAACCUCCAAUGAAAUUUAAAUCGUUAUUAAAUGGAACAGAUUUGCUUUUGUUUGUUUCGUUCGAUUUAAAACAAAACAAAUUCAAUUCUGUUUUCUAAUACCAUUGUUUCAAAUAUGGCUGACAAUUUUUCUUGUAUGGUUGACUAGAGGAUACGACAGACUUUGUAUACAUAAGUUCGUAAUAUCAACUGCGAAUAAACAACACACAGAAUACAAAACACACACACACAGAGAAACACACAGAAUACAGUCCGACAGUAAUUUAUAACAAAUGUUAUGUUAAGUAUAAACUUAUUAAUCGAGGAUACUGUGGAUUCUUGUGCCAUAUAUAUUAGUCGUGCCAAACUAUGUGCCAUAACCCUUAGCUUAAGAUAUUUCUUGUUCAUUCCAUUAAACUCUAAUUGUAUUUCAUGAAACUACAUGAUUUGAAAGUGGAAGUGCCAAACUACAACCAGUAUUAGAUAGUAUGCUGUUGAGGUUUUCGAAAGUAAAAAAAUAAUUUGAAGGAUAACGAUGCACUGCAGUGUCAAACUGAGUCAAUAUUUAUUUUAUUAGACGUAGGUAAAUAUUUUAAGAUCACAUUUACCUAUUCUGCGGUGUGUUGGAAUCCUCAAUAUUUAUUACAGAAAUUUAAAACCUACUUAUACCUAUUUGGAAUUAUUAUUUAGUUCUUGUAAAUACUUUUAUAUCAUUGCAGUAUUCGACCAAAAGCUGUUGUGAAUAUUUAUUUUCUAUGUGUCAUAUAUAGGAAAAAAUGUAAAUAAAUCAGUCAUUGUUUUCAUCAUAUACGAAAUAUGAAAGAUAGUGUAUAAUAUUGUAUUUAACAUAAUACUUUUACUAGAAACUCCAUUAGGAAGUUUUAUUUGAUGAAAACGGUGAUUUUUAUUGUUCAGUGACUCGAUGUUUGUACGGUGUCUGUAGUUAAGUAGUUUUGUAAAUAAAUAACGUUUCAAAUAAUAUAAUAAGUAAUUAUUGUAUUAUAUAUUUGAUAUAAUACUUAACAUUUCUCCCAAAAAAACAGUUCAAUCCAUUGAAAAAUCGGUCUUAUGCCAACUUAUGUAGGUACAAGAGGGCAUGAUGAUCAAGUCGAAAGGAUAGAUUCCAAAUUGUGUCUCUAAACUUUGGAUCUUAAAAAGUGCAUUGCAUAUUAUGCAUAUGAUAUUAAUUUCAAUGUAUAUUAUUAAAUCUCAUUUUGUACAGGCCGUGCCAGGCACUUUCAUACAUGAACAUCUUUUUGAUGGCUAAUUUCGCAACCCUCCGGCCGCUACGCUGUAGGCACUUCGAUGCGCUACGUAGCCAUACUGCCGGAUUCGAACUUUAAGAUACGUCAAUUAAUAGAUCUAGAAACGAUAUGGAUUAGAUGUGUCAGUGUCAAAAGUGACGUAUUUGUUUGAAGAAACGUCACAUUUGACACUGACAUAUCUAAUUCAUAUCGUUUCUAGAUCUAUUAAUUGACGUAUCUUAAAGUUAGUAUCGGGCCGAUAUUCUCGUAUGCGCAAUAAAAGUGUUAAUAAGUAAUAAACAAAGAUAUUAUUUAGUGUUUCGAAAAUUAUCGAUAUUCAAUCGCCAUCAGAUUAAGAGUAAACAAGGCAAGCAUUACAGUACAUGUACAGAUAUUUUUGCACACUUUAACUGCCCCGACAGUCCUGACACAUCUUGGCAACUGUCUUUCCUUCCUGUAUGUCCUUAUUGCCACAAUACUUUCCACUCGGAACAAAUGUUAAUACAGUUAUGAUAUACAUAUAACAUAGUAUUGUAAGUAGACGUACAGUCCGCCCCAUAUUGUACAUAGAGAGCCGGGAGACGACCACUGCACUAUGCACGAACCGUGGAAUUGUUGGGGCCGACUGUACUUGUAUGAUAAUAUAAAUAUUAUACUUAAUAUAUACGUACCUUAGGCACAUUUAAAUACCUAGUUGUUUUAAUUACUGCAAAAUAAACUAUUAUGUACAUGA